AUGAAGUAUGCUUUGAAUGAACAUUAUCAUGGAUAUGCUGAGAUGUGUAAAGAAAAUCUUGAUAUCACAAGAAAAAAUGGCGAUGUCAAAGAAUCUUUUUCUUUCGGAGAAUUUAAUGAUGAAAAUGAAGCAAAGACGCAAAUCUUACCUCCGUUCUUUAAGGAAAGGGCAGAAUUUAUUGCAUCAUUUUUAAAGGUAAGAAAAAAGACAGUUAAUUUUUCUCAUGCUCUUUCUGGACUCUUAUGUUUGAAAAUUUUUCAAAUAUUCGCAAUGGCAUUAGAGAUUCAACAAUCUGAAGAAAUUCAACCACCCAAUACUGAUAAAUGGUUCCCCGUUCCAGUCAUUCCAAAUCAUGUAUUAAUCAAUAUUGGCGAUUGUUUAAGUUUUUGGACAAAAGGUCUAUUUAAAUCUAUUAUGCAUCGAGUUUCAUUUGACAGUGAAAAUUUUAGUUUAGAUAGGCAUAGCAUUGCGUAUUUCUGUAUUGCUGGAUCUGAUAUUAAAUUAGAUCCAAUUCCUUCAAAAUUUAUACCUACAAAUGAAAAAAAUAAGGAUGAAAAAAUUUUAACUGCCGGCGAGCAUUUGAUGCGUAGAGCUAGUGCCGCAUAUGGCAACUAUUAA